AUGGGUCGGCGAGACACUUCUUUCGAAUGUCGGCAAAGGCGACACUUUUCACUUGCAAACAGAUAGGGGGAGUGAACUGGCCUUGUGUUGGGCUGUGUGUGUGCCAAGGCAGUCGAGGUCAGGGAGGAGGAGCGUUCCGUCCAGGUGGGUUUCCCCAAUGCCGCCGACGGAGCGGAGCCCCAGGACCCCGACCCGCUUGUGAUCGACCUGAUGCCCCUCGACGCGUUCCCUAACGCGUAUCGCUUUGAAGUCAACCACGAGAAGGGCUCUGUGAUCGGAAGCAAGCUGGUCACCAGAAUGCCCGCCGUGAGAGAGAUGGCGCUGGGUAAGAUGAAUAAGGGCAGCGCAGUGAGGCUGCUGGAGGCGCUGGGGGGGACAAGGCAUUGGAAUAUUUCGAGGCCAAGUGCGUGACUGGUGUGUGUGAGGGCGGACUUGCGUGGGGCGACCGUGCCGAGCAGCUGCCGACCAUCACACGGCUAGAUGUCAGCGUACUGGGUGAGUCAUAGGUUCUGUCUCUCAUCUGAACUGCCCAUCCCAUGCUGCCUCUCUUCGUGUGCCAUUGCCUGUGUCACUGCUGCAGUGCCUCGGGAUUUGGGUGAUGGCGAUGCCGCUGGCGAGUUCGGCAUUGCCUGCGUCAAGUCGCUGCUCAAGAUCCGAGGCAUCAAAGUGCUCAAGCUCUGUGUGCAAUCUGGCGCCUUCAAGCGGCUGGUGGAGGAACGAACCAAUGGCGACACCGUUGAGGGGCUGGAGGGGCGAUUCGAGUACAUUGCUUGGAACGUACACAACACUCUCAUGGUCAAGCCACACGAAUGACACCUAGGAAAGACCGACUAGAACAGUCAGUGAGUAAGAUCAUCCUGCAGUGCUGCUGGUUGUGUGAGAUAUUUUGUGGGUCAUCCAUCCAUUCAUUGAUCUGUCAGGUCGCCGUGUGUCGGCCGAUCAGUAGUAGUUGAUUUGUGCGACUGUAGGAAUGGGGAUACCGUCAUGCAGACUUGGUGUGGUGAGUGUGUAUGUUCAAUGGGCUUCGCUGCGAUGUGCGGCCUCUGCACCAAUGGCGUGCCAUGCCACGUGCCAUGUAUUAUACGCUCAUUUUAUGUGGAUUUUGCCGUGAGUUUGUCCUGGUUGCGUGUGGGUCCUGGUACGUGUCCGCGUUAUGCGCGUUCAUCGGGACGAUGUGUGGACAAGUGGACGAGUGCUGGAUGCGAUCGGUUGAUUAUCUCUCUCACGCGGCCGCCCGCCCUGAGGCUAGGCUGGAGAAUGUCAGUGUGUGCGCCUUUCAUUCAUUGGGGGGAGAACUGUCAUUAACCGUAACACUCGUCUG